AUGGAGAAUAAUAAAAUUCAAACCACACUUAAUUUCCCAAUAUUAUACACUAAAAAAGCAAAAGAAAAAGUUAUAAUAGACUCAAAUUUAUCUAAUGAUAGUAUAAAUUUAGCACAAACUAUUAACAAAAAAUGCGAAUUCAUAGAGUAUAAUGAUAAUGAUGAUGAUGGUUGUGUAGUAGAAUGUAAUAAUGAUAUAGAUUUAGCACAAACUAUUAACAAAAAACACAAAUUCAUAGA